AUGAACUACAAGCUAAAGCCACCGCCCCUGCGUGGAAUGCCUAUAGGGAGAGAUAUAUGUGCCUCAGGCUGCAACAGGUCUUCCGCGCGGAUCGCGUCCUGAGGCUUCCGACGGAAGUUCCGCCGACUAAGUAAACACAACAACAACGGCCCCUAUCCAACCGCAAUUCUCAAUACCCAAGGCCAUUGUUCGCGCAAGGGGCUUUGUUUCUGGAUGCUUGAGCAUGGCUGAUUUAAUACCCGGCCAUGUGGUCACACUGACCGACGGUCGGCAGGCCACCGUGCGGUUUGCCGGGGCCACUCAUUUCGCUGCCGGGGAAUGGAUUGGCAUUGAAUUGGACGAACCUACAGGCAAGAACGAUGGAGCGGUCCAGGGCGAACGCUAUUUCGACUGCGAAUUUGGAUUUGGCAUGUUUGUCCGACCGACUGCCAUUGCUACCGUUAUUGGACCACCUGCAAAAGAAGCCAAACUGGCUACUAAGGGGACCCCGAAUGCUCCGCAGACCAGAGGGCGGGCCCAGACUGGUGCUUCUGCGAGCGGACUGGGGAUUAAGAAAUCAGGUGCUAUGCAAACGGCGAAUACGAAAAGACACAGCGCCAGUUCUGCCAGUCCGAGUCCCGCCGCGAAAGCUGCGUCCCAGCGACUGUCCUUGAAGCAACCGCAAUCACCUACGAAGGCGCAAUCGCCGACAAAGCAGUUAUCGGGUACGACUACACCGCGCUCCUCUAUUAGCGGGCCCUCGCGGCCCUCCGCCGCGACAUCUAGGGCUCGACCGUCUAUUGGCGCCAAGUCAACGUCUAUGGGCCCUCCACCUCCCCCAUCUGCGUCCCGACCAUCCCGCCCGUCGAUAUCUGGAUCUACGAACAGAACUGUUAGACCAAGCUUCCAAGGAACCGCGACAGCACCCAUGGCGGUGUCGAAGCGUCCUGCUUUGCGGUCAGCAGUUUCGAAUAAGACAUCGGAGGAACAAGAGAUCGGAUCAAGCCCGCCCUCAGAUGAUGCUGAGUCACCUGGUCAUUAUGCUGAGGAUGAUGAUAUGGAAAACGAGGAGUCGACUUCCAAAGUGUCUAGACUGGCUUCUGGCUCAUCACGGGUAGGCACUGCUCGUUCAGGGCUCUCUCAGUCCUCUUCACCGCGACAAGCCCAGAGUACCGCUCUGACAAGGGAGCUGGAAGAGUUGAAAACAAAGCUUAGGGUGAUGGAGAAGAAGCGCACCGAAGACCGAGAAAAGCUUAAGGCUUUGGAGAAACUGCAACAGGAACGGGAUAAGUUCGAGGGUAUCAUCCAGAAACUACAAGCUAAAUAUCAGCCACAGCAGCUUGAAAUUAGCGAACUGCGAAAGAAAUUGAAAGAGUCAGAAGCAAAACUCGAAGAGAUUGAGCGACUCCAAGCAGAACAUGACUCGAUCAUGGAAAUGGCAACUCUCGACCGCGAGAUGGCAGAAGAGACGGCCGAUGCUUUCAAGCAUGAAGUUGAAGCAUUGAAAUUGAGGGUGGAGGAGCUCCAGCUGGAAGUGGAGGUUCUGCGCGAGGAGAACGAGGAGCUCGGUCAAACUAUGAGCCCGGAGGAGAAGUCCAGUCAUGGAUGGCUGCAAAUGGAGAGAGCAAACGAACGUCUCCGCGAAGCCCUCAUACGUCUCCGCGAUAUGACGCAGCAGCAAGAAUCGGAGUUGCGGGAUCAGAUUAAGGAACUACAACAGGAUCUGGAGGAUUAUGAGGCCAUCAAAACUCAGUACGAUUCCACCAAGGAAAAAUUGCUUGUAGCGGAAAACAACGUCGAAGAUCUCAAGCAGCAGCUGGAGACUGCUCUCGGUGCGGAAGAGAUGAUCGAAGAGCUUGCAGAGAAGAACAUGCGCUACCAAGAGGAGAUUAACGAACUGAACGCUGCCAUAGAAGACCUGGAGGCGCUAAAGGAAAUUAAUGAUGAGCUCGAAUACAACCAUAUCGAGACAGAAAAGCAAAUGCAAGAGGAAAUCGAUUAUAAGGAAAACCUCUUCAACGAGCAGUGUCGCAAGAUUGUCCAGCAAGAUGAAGCUAUAGAGGACCUCGAGUAUACUUUGGCGCGAUUCCGAGAGCUAGUCUCUAGUCUCCAAGGAGACUUGGACGAUAUGCGGGCAUCUCAGCAGAUCACAGAAGCAGAAGCCACUGAUUUAACAACGCGUUCUCGGGCUAUGCUGGAUCUGAACCUGAAGCUGCAGGCGUCAGUCUCGAAAGCACAGACUAAAACUAUCGACAUUGAACUCGAACGUAUGGAUGCUCAAGAAUCUUCUCAGCAUUUGUCCAUCCUGAAGCUGUAUCUUCCUGAAUACUUCGAGGGGGAAAAGAAUGGUAUUCUUGCACUUCUACGGUUUAAGCGUGUUAGCUUCAAGGCGUCGUUGAUGAGUAGUGCCAUCCGGGAGAGAUUCCCUGAGCAGACCUCCGAUUCUGCCCUAGUGGAAGAUGGCUUUGCGGCGCAUGAUGUUCUCGAGAAGCUCCUGUGGAUCGGUUCUAUUUGUGACCGAUUUAUAAAUUACAUUACCUGUUGCUCUGCAGAGAGCUUUGAUGGAAUUAAAGCGACGUUAUUCGAGAUGGAGCCGGUAGAACGUACUGUGAACUUCUGGAUAGAAAUCUUGAGAAAGGGCGAGUUGGACGUGAAGAAAUGUGGUAUUGAACUGCAAAGGUCCAUUGCACUAAUGUCGCAUCUUGCAGAGGUCCACAUUCCAGCAUCUCUGGAGACAUUCGCAGACGAGCUGUGUAUGCGCUCGAUAUUGACUCAGUCAUAUAUGGAUCAUGUUGCUUCCUUGAUCUCGCGGCUCAGAUCCUUGUUGCAGUCCAAGAUCUCGGCCUCAGAAGGCGAGGAAGAAGAGAGCAAUUUCCUUUUCAAUAAAAUGGAAAGUCUAGUAUCUCAAUCCCGCGGACUCAAAGUCGCUAUGGGCAAAGUUCAUAAGGCACUUGAAGACCUACGAUCGAGGUCCCUUGCGCUGUCUUCUGACGUGGCAGGACCCUUCAAGAAAACGGAAGAAGCUGCUAAGGAUCUUUCCGUCCUGGCUCGGCACCUAGGUGAAAGUAUUGCGCUCAUCGUUAGCGACGAAAGCCGAACUGAGCCUCUAACUUUAGAGGAGGCAACGAGGAAUAUGUCCCAGGUCUCGACGCUCUAUGCGCGGCCGUCUGAGUCAGGAAGCGAGUGUAGCGAUACAAUGUCGUUCAUUGCCAAUCGGCUGCGCAGCCUGGGGGGGAGCCUUGAGGAGCUUGACUCGAUUUCAACCGACUUGUCGAUAACAUCGGAAUUCGAGAGACUCCCAUCACCUUGGAUCGUAAGAGCUUCAGAACUCAAGUUAAACAAAGCAACUUCUGUCGAUGCCGACGAAGAAAUCCGCCGCCUUAAGAAUGAGAUACACGAAGCAUCGACAGCCCUGGGUGUCAAGGACAAGACGAUUGAAGAACAGGCGCUCAAGGUAGAACUGGUCGAGUCUAGGAUGCAAGAAGCGAGCAAAAAGGCAUCGAUGGUGAAAGAACUUGAAGCCAAAAUCGAAAACAUGCGAACAAAAGAGACAGAACUGGAGGGGCUGGUGGAAACGCAACGCAAGAAUUUACAGGCCCUCGAAGCCGACCGAGAGGACAUCAAAGCCCGUCUGGACCGGGUCAAACGCGCCUCUGGCACAACCGGAGUUGCCACAACCGAUGGCGUUGUCGUUGAUAACGCUCUCUCCUUGGCUACCAUGCGCGAGAACGAGGCUCUUCGCGCCGAGGUAGAAAGCCUCCAAGCAGCCGUCCGCUUCCUCCGCGAAGAGAACCGCCGCGCCAACGUGCUUGACCCAUACUCCGUGCAACGUUCAGCAGAAAUGUACUCCUGGCUCGACGUACCUCUCACACAAGCCUCUGCCGGCGCCCAACGCGACAGGACCCAACAAACCGCAUCGGAAAGCAGAGACGUCUUCACACAUCUCCUCAAACUAACCAGAGACUCGAGUAUUUGCGACCUGAAGUCCACCAUGUCUCAAGAAAAUAGCAACCGUACCGGCUGGCGUCCAACGAAGACUAAGCUGCGCUACCAAGUCCUGCAGCAACGCGAGAACUUCGAACGUUGGGCCGAAUGGCGUGACGACAUCGUCGAACAGGAAAGAGAACAGGACAGACUGGUCAAUGCCAAGAAAGAGCGUCUUGCUCGUGAUCGAGCCCGGAGACACGCGCCGAAGAAUUCAGUGUUCGGUGGUUUUCCACAGGGCUUAGGGCAUGGAAUGAUGGGUCGUGCUUGGGAGAUCCUAGGUAUGCAGCAGGAUAAUCGCAAGAUAGCUGACAAACCCGUGGAACCCUCUAUAGCGCCUUCAUUCUAGAAUGUGUUGAGAUCUCGCUGGCCGCUCGCAAGGACGUCGUUUUAUUACUCGG